AUGUCAGGACCCGAUGUUAUAAAUCGAGCAUUCGCCAACAAUUCGCCGCUACGGAAGAGAAUCUUUGAUGCCAUUAAUGCAACUCCUCAGUACGCGCCCCUUUUCGAAGACAUCGCUGCGCAUCACCUCAAUGCUAGUCCUCUGAACGGUUCUGCCAACGACGAACCCGCCUCCAAGAAGCGCAAACUCCCCGACGGCUCCUCCCUCCCGAUCGCCGGUACGGCGCAGAAAGGUGGCCAACAACGCGAAGUGAUUUUCGAAGCAAGAGAUAUCUCGUUCUCACUGCCGCAACGCAAAAAAUUACAUCUGGGCAUAGCACAAUAUGGAACAGAUAUCAAUGAUGCUGAGACCAAAUUUGCCAUCUACACCAGGAAUCCUGCCACCAAUGAAGUCGACAUGGAAGUGCCCCUGGACCAAGUCACCUAUGCCUUGAGACUUCCUGUACCAGAGAAAGCCACGAAACAAUACAAUUUCGUCCUUCUCCUGAAGUCAGAGUCAAGUAACAAUGUUGAGGCAAUCAUCUGGGCUGUCAACGACGGUCCACUCAAGUCUUGCCAUAUCCCCAACCGCGACCUUGCUAAAAUCGCGCCUGGGCCCAAUGACGUCCUCGAAAACGCUCUCGACUACCUCCUUCAUAAGAUUGGAAAAGGCCUCACUCUGCCCACCACCGAGGAAUUCUCCAGUGCCAAACCCGAAUCCCACCGGAAAGGUGACAAAGCUUAUCACGUCAAAGCCUUCCGUGGUAGUAAGGACGGCUACCUCUUCUUUCUGGGCAAUGGUAUUUUCUUUGGCUUCAAAAAGCCGCUCUCCUUCUUUGCAUUCGAGGACGUCGAGAGUAUCUCUUACACGUCCGUGUUGCAGAGAACAUUUAAUUUGAAUAUCGUGUAUCGAGCUAGCUCAGCUGACGGAGCUAAUAAAGAUGGAAUCCAGGAGGCCGAGUUUUCAAUGUUGGAUCAGGCGGAUUUUCCCGGCAUAGACGCCUACAUUAAGAGACAUGGUCUGCAGGAUUCAAGUCUCGCGGAGUCAAGGCGAGCAAAGAAGCUCAAUGCUACUGCACAUGGCAAGAACGCGACGCAGAAUGGUAGCGCAGGACAUGUGGAAGGUGAAGAAGAUACGCGUACAGAAUUAGAGAAAGCCCAGCAACAGAUGGAGGAUGAGGAGGACGAAGAAGAAGACGAUUACGAUCCAGGUAGCGAAGGGGAGAGUGAGGGCAGUGGGGUCUCCGAUGACUCAGACGAAGAGUUUGAUCGCGAAUACGAACGGGAGAAGAAAAAGUUAAAGGGACGAGAUUUGGUAAACGAGGAAUUGGGUAGUGAGGCGGAGGAUGUGAGUAUUACAGAGGAGGAAGAGGAAGAUGGUGAAGAGAACGAUGAGGAAGAGGGAGGGGAAGGGGAAGGAAAUGACGAUCAAGAGGAGCACUAUGAUGAGGAAGACGUCCCAAAUCAAGCCCAGAGUCGCGACAAGCAUACCGCAGCGUCAGGUCCGGGGGAAGUCCACGGCGCUUCUUGGGGGUAUGAAGAAGGCAUGCCCGAUCCGGAUGAUGAAGAUCAACUGUGA